AUGGCGAAUAGUAAACCUUGCCGGUCCGUUUUUUCAGGUUACCGCUUGUUCAAGUUAUCUCUUAUUGUUCUUUUUCUCGUUGCCCUCGCGGUGGCCGUCACUGCCGAUGAUUCGAGUUUUCCGACAUCAUACACCUGGAGACCACAGCCCCCUAAGAAGCUCACCAAACCGGUGGUUCUAUUGAUCUCCAGCGAUGGUUUCCGGUUCGGUUACCAAUUCAAGACGGAGACACCAAAUAUUGAUCUGCUCAUAUCCAGAGGAACCGAAGCUCAGACCGGUUUAAUCCCGGUUUUCCCCACCAUGACGUUCCCAAACCAUAACUCAAUCGCCACCGGACUCUACCCGGCUUACCACGGUGAGCCGCUGUGGGUAACCGCAGUGAACCAAGGGCUCAAGGCUGCUACUUACUUUUGGCCAGGAGCUGACGUCCACAAAGGCUCUUGGACCUGCCCAAAAGGAUUUUGCAAAGCUCCUUACAAUGUUUCGGUUCCUCUAGAAGAAAGAGUCGACACGAUCUUGAGCUAUUUCGAUCUUCCCGAGAGUGAUAUCCCAGAUUUCAUGGGGCUGUAUCUCGAUCAACCGGACAUUCAGGGGCAUGAAUAUGGCCCUGAUGAUCCUCGGGUCACGGAGGCGGUCGCCAAGGUUGAUACAAUGAUCGGUAGGGUCAUCCAAGGAUUGAAGAAGAGGAGGGUGUUUGGUGAUGUUCAUGUGAUAUUGCUUGGUGAUCACGGAAUGGUCACUAAUUGUGACAAGAAAACAAUUUACAUUGAUGAUUUAGCAGAUUGGAUUAAGAUACCCGCGGAUUGGAUCCAAGCCUAUAGCCCCGUGCUAGUGAUAAAUCCGCGGUGGGGCAAAGAUGUCAAGAAUCCGGGCGAGAUGAACGCGGAACUCGUAGCAAAGAUGAACAAAGCUUUGAGCUCAGGGAAAGUAGAGAACGGAGAGUUUUUGCAGGUUUACUUGAAGGAGAAGUUACCGGAAAGGCUGCAUUAUUCCGAUAGUUCCCGGAUUCCACCGAUCAUAGGAAUGGUCGGUGAAGGUAUCUUGGUUAGACAGAAUAGAACAAAUGCUCAUGAAUGUUACGGAGAUCAUGGAUAUGACAACAUGUUCUUCUCCAUGAGAUCUAUCUUUAUCGGACAUGGUCCUAGGUUUAAGAGAGGAAGGAAAGUGCCGUCAUUCGAGAAUGUUCAGGUCUACAAUGUUGUUGCAGAGAUUCUCGGUCUCCGACCAGCUCCGAACAAUGGUUCUUUUCUGAUUACUCGUAGCCUUCUCUUGCCCUUUGGAGAAACAGCGCAAGUAGAAUGA